AUGGCGGAGUUACAAAGGCGCGGAGCCGUCAUGCCACAGGUGCAAGUCAGUCAUCAACAAGUUUCGCGGAAGCGGACGACUAUUAACUCAUCAGGAACAGAGCUUUCGCAGAGCCGCCGAGAGCAAUCUCCAGUGAACGGAGGCCUCGCCCGACACGCGACACCCGUGCCGACGGUAAAGAGCCAACUCGACGCGACAUCCGAGAACGAUCCGUUGCCAGCGAAGAGGGUCCGAUUAACGCGAACGGGCAUACAACGGCCUGGAGUCGAGGGAGUGGGACAGGCUGGCGAUGGCGAUAACGGCGAACGUCAGCUAAAGCGGGCGCAGUUAACGCGGGAGAACUUGACCCUAUUCAAUAAGAUGGCGAGGAAGAAGGGGUCCAAAAAGGGGUCCACUUACUAUGACUCCGCCGACGAGUCGAUAACAACAAGGGCCAUUUCAACAACGUCGUCUAGAUUUGAUAUCCGAGCCUACCAAAAUGGCAUCCGAGACCCUCUGUCUUCCAAGCUGCCUACGAACAUUAAGGGUAUAGUGGAAAAAUAUGCCCAAUCGCGUGAGACGGCGUCGCCCACCGAUUCAGAGUACAAGUUCUAUGCCCGUGCUGUUUCAAAAGCCGGUAAUGAGGCGGCCGUUGCUGGCGAGGUUACCGAAGAACUGCUAAAGAAGUGUAGAGAUGAUAGCUACAAGAGAUCCUUCAACCAGGCAUUUACGGCCUUCCCGAAAAAUAAGAGACCGACUAAUCUACGAGUAUAUCAAGGGCGCCCCGGCGAGUGGGAAGGCCCUGACGUUGAUAUAUCAAAGGCAACACGGCAGAGUGGCCACGACGGAGCUGCUCUUGUCUACGCGCGGAACCAGGCUCUAUCGUAUAUCGGGAAACCUGACCCCCCCGGCCAUGCCGAGAUCACGACUUUUACUACGGACGGCACCAAUCUCAACUUCUAUGCACACUAUGCUACUCCUUCGGGGGAUAAUGGCAAGCUUGAAUACCACCAGUAUCAAUAUGCGUCGGUAAACGUGAAGGAUACUUACCAAGGGCACAAUGAUGGCCGAAAAGGCAUCAGGAACGAACAAGACCACGCGUAG